AUGGUGUCAAGAUGGUCCACAACUCAGGAGCAAACAUCCGCUGUGUCUGAUGAAGAGUCAGAUGAUGAAGAGUCAGAUGAUGAAGACCUGCAGAUAGUAACUCCAACUUGUACUGUGAGUGCGAUUCCUAAUGAGGGAUAUGAGAGCAGACGUGAGGACAAAACAGGACAAAAGACUGAGGAAGAGGAGGAGGAGGAGGAAGAGGAGGAGGAGAAGGAGGAGGAGGAAGAGGAGGAGGAGGUUUAA